GGCGAAUCUGAUACCAAGUACCUGCUUUCCAAUCCGGAGCUCUUCAAGGGGUGUUGGGGUUUCACUUUCGUGAACUGGAGCUUUUCGUAUUGUUUCCUGUAUCCAGGAAGAGGAUAGAUUGCUGGGGUGACGUCACUGCAGCUGAUCCAGACUCCAGACAGUGAUCUUCAUGCAGAAAUGUGGCGUUCCUCAACUGUUUACCAAACCCCAAACCAGGAUCGUAGGAGGCAAAAUGGCCCCUUUUGGACGCUGGCCAUGGCAGGUAUCGGUUCGUCGAACAUCCUUCUUCGGGUUUUCGAGCACUCACAGAUGCGGGGGCGCCAUCCUCAACGAAAAUUGGAUUGCCACGGCGGGCCAUUGUGUCGACGAUUUACUUACGUCCCAAAUAAGAAUUCGCGUGGGUGAAUAUGAUUUUUCCAACAUCCAAGAAGACCUUCCCUACGCAGAGAGAUCGGUAGCCAAAAAAAUUGUCCAUCCAAAAUAUAACUUUUUCACCUACGAGUACGAUUUGGCUCUGGUUCAAUUAGACAAAGCUGUAGAUUUUGCCCCACACAUUCGUCCAAUUUGUUUGCCAGCCACAGACGACCUUCUGAUUGGUGAAAAUGCCACUGUAACAGGCUGGGGUCGAUUAAGUGAAGGUGGAACUUUACCUUCAGUUUUGCAAGAGGUCCAAGUUCCAAUCGUAAGCAACGACCGAUGUAAAUUCAUGUUUCUGAAAGCAGGUCGUCAAGAAAUCAUUCCGGAGAUUUUCCUUUGUGCUGGUCACGAAGGCGGAGGUCAAGACUCGUGCCAAGGUGACUCGGGAGGACCUCUGCAAGUUAAAGGACGAGAUGGAAGAUUUUUUUUGGCCGGUAUCAUUUCGUGGGGUAUCGGAUGCGCUGAAGCUAAUCUACCUGGCGUGUGUACUAGAAUAUCGAAAUUUGUCCCUUGGAUAUUGAAAUAUGUUACUUGAGUUUAAUAUUGUUGAUAAAUUGAGCUAAAAUUAAAAAAAAAUUACCCGAUAAAUUUGAAAUUGUAAUUUCAGUAUUUUAUCUGAUAUAUUUGAAAGCAGUUCCUAAUAGCACAAAACAAUUAAUAUGGCUAAUUUGGUUUUUAAUUUAUUUUAACUGCAACUAAUAAUAAUUUGACAGCUUACUGAAGCUGAAUUCCAA